AUGCCCUCCUCCGCCUCCACCAACGGAGCCUCCUCCACUCCCGACGCCCUUGAAUCCGACCUCCUCGUCAAGUUAUCUGCCAGCUGUGCACUCGAAGAUCUCCAGGAUAACCUCCUGGGCUCCCUAAAUCGCCUGGGCUGGACCGACAAAAUCACCACCCUCGCCACAGAACUCCUCCGCGCCGGCCGCUGUGAGACCUUCGACGAUGUGAUGGCGGCCGUACUCGCCUCGGCAGAGGGUCGAACUCACCCCGCACUCGGGGCCAAGGUCGCAAAUGGCGAAACCAUGAACGGAGCAAAAGAGACCAACGGCACCAAGAAAGGCAACAAAGAGCAUCCCUACGACCCUCUGAAGUACAUUGAAGAAGUCGAUGUCCGGAUUCCGGAGACCGUGGUCGACGAGGGUGUGCGCGGAUUAAAAGAUAUUAUACGAGAAGUAGCCGAUUUGGAAGGGGAGAGCGCUCCCAACGGCGACAAGAAAUAA